AUGCCAGACAAAGGCAGCGUCAAAAUGCCCUCGUCAAGUUCGAGUAGCUCCUUGUCUAACACCCCGAUGGCUCAUGGGAGCCUCGAGUCCGUCCGUACCUCGACCCUCAGUCGACCUCAGACCAACGUUGAGAUCUCCCGGAUCGAGACCCUGCGGCUGACUCACGAAUCCACAGUCGCAUCCAAAGUUCCUCAGACUCCUCGGGAAGAAUGGCUGCCAAUGGGCGGGGGAAAGGAGUUCCCCCCGUUGUUGCCAGAUCCAAAUCGCUAUGUUGUCGAGUUCACCGAAGAACAUGAUCCGAUGCAUCCGCACAACUGGCCAACUCGAACCAAGAUCUUAUUGUCGGCCAUCCUGGCUUAUGUGACAUUCGUUGCCUCAUUUGCUAGCGCCAUCUUCUCCUCCACUGUCGGUGCGAUCAGUCUUCAUUAUGGGAUCAGCACCGAAGUCGCAACCUUAGGUGUCACACUAUACGUCCUAGGGUUCGCCGCCGGUCCAACGUUCUGGGCCCCAGCCUCGGAGCUGUCCGGUCGACGAUGGCCGAUCACAGCAGGGGUCUUUGGGUACAGCAUUUUCACGAUCGCAACGGCCACGGCCAAAGACGUUCAGACUAUCAUGUUAACGCGGUUCUUUGCAGGCCUAUUUGCUGCCAGCCCACUAUCCAUCGUACCGGCAGCAUUUUCUGAUAUCUUCACUAACCGCACGCGCGGUAUUGCCAUUGCCAUGUUCGCCAUGGCCGUCUUUGUCGGGCCGUUCGCCUCCCCCUUCACCGGUGGCUUUAUCGUGAUGAGCUAUCUUGGCUGGCGAUGGACCAUGUACAUAGUGGCCAUUAUGGGAUUCUUCGGUUCGGUUUUGUUGCUACUCUUCUAUAAGGAGACGUACGCCCCGGCGUUGCUGAUGACGAAGGCAGCCACUGUGCGCCGCCAGACGCGCAACUGGGGUAUCCAUGCGAAGCAGGACGAGGUCGAAAUCGACUUCAACCAAUUGAUCACAGUAAACUUCGGUCGGCCAUUCCGUAUGCUUUUCACAGAACCGAUUGUGUUCUUGGUGACCCUGUACAUGUCCUUCAUCUAUGGGCUCAUGUAUGCCUUAUUAGCCGCCUAUCCAGUCGUCUUCCAGAACAUCCAUGGGAUGAAUCUAGGGGUGGGCAGUCUGCCAUUUAUUGGGCUGAUCAUUGGGGAGCUCCUGGGGGGAGUAUAUGUCCUGACAAGCCAGGGUUCCUACACCAAGAAGCUGAAGGCGAAUAACGAUAUUCCGAUUCCAGAGUGGCGACUUCCCCCGGCUAUUGUAGGAGGCCUUGCCUUCACGAUCGGACUGUUCUGGUAUGGCUGGACCGGGUGGACACGAUCGAUCCAUUGGAUGGCCCCGACUGCAUCCGGGGUGUUCACAGGAUUCGGUAUAUACUGCAUCUUCCUGCAGUGUUUCAACUAUCUGAUAGAUUCGUAUCUGCAAUUCGCCGCCUCGGUCUUCGCCGCCAACACGAUCCUUCGGUCCGCCGUCGGAGCCUGCUUUCCGCUCUUUGCAAAACAGAUGUUUGUCAACCUGGGGGUACAGUGGGCGGGCACCUUGCUGGGGUGUCUGGCGGCCAUUAUGAUUCCGAUUCCGCUGGGGUUCAUUAUAUUUGGACCUGCGUUGCGGCGGAAGAGCAAGUUUGCGCCGUCGCCGGCUGUGUUCCAGGAAAAGUCGUCCUAG